CUCCCACCAGAUUCAUUUUUUCAAAAUCCUCACCGCCUCUCUCGCCGGAAACUCGGCCUUUUCCUCUUCUCUGUCGAUUUUCCUGUCAUAACUCCCUCUCCCGACCUCCAAAUCACAAACAACGACCGCCCCCACGCUCCUGGCGUCGAGGAGAACAAUCCACAAGAUUUGGGCUUGUUUGUCCGAGGUUGGGUCGCCGGCGGCGAGUUCUCCGACGAGUCUCCGGUUUGUUUUCCGGCGACUUAGGGUGUUUUCUUCCACUUUCUUCACCUCUCUCGUGGUCUCUACUUGCGUCUCCAGGUGUGUUCUCAAUGUCUUUUCUUUUAUUUCUGGAGAAUCGAUACCUAGAGUUAGGUGAAGAACAUGUGAUUGUGGCAUUAUUUGAGGAUGAUUGGGUAGGCCGAUGACGCUCUUUGCUUGUUCUAUUUUUGCCUCGGGAUUUCCGUCAUUCGACCUACCAUUUGCAUGUUGCAUUGCAUGUGUGCUUGUGUGGUUAGUGUGUGGUGGCUCGAUUGGUGCUUAUUUAGUACGGUUUUGGUAUGCUUGUUUCACCGAGGUCCUAGUCCACUAUCCGAAUCGCUCGAAUUGAGGGUCCCCGGUGUGUUUUGUUGUGUGAUUCUCGUGUGAUGGGUAUGCUUGUGUCGCCGGGAGUCUAGUCCACUGUCCAUAUCUUUCGAUAUGAGGGCUCCCGGUGUGGUUUUGGCCUAACAUUGACCCUGUUCGCUUGUGUACCAUUUGAACUUCCUUGUGCUUUGCACGAUCAUGGAAGCCUACCUCGGCCAGUUGAGCAUCACCCAACGCCAUCUGCUGUGGAACAUCCGUAACCGCACCAUCGCCGAGCACCUGCACCUCGAUUUUGAGGUGUUCGAGGCGCUUCAUGCCAGGCCGCAGAUGGAGGCCGUCGUUCGCCCCUAUGGUUGGCGGCGCCUUCUCUGCCUCGCCGAGCCGACCUACCAGGAGCUCGUCUGGGAGUUCUACGCUUCCUUCAGCCAUGCCUCGAAGGGGUCCGCCGACCAUGCUGAUGCGGUUCGUUUCACACUCGGCGGGGUGGAGCACUCCGUCAGUUACUGGGAGUUCGCCAAUGCACUUUGGCUCAACUCCCCGCACUCCAGCGACCGGCCCCUACGCUUGGACCUCUCUAAUCCCACCGACUUUGCUUCCCAGGCUUACUUCCACCGAAUUUGCCUGCCGAACAAUGUGGAUGAACAGUACAUUGCUAGCCAGACGCGGGCCUCUCUCCUCCGUCCGGAGUGGCGGAUCCUCAACCACUUGCUCACCAAUUCCUACACACCCAGCAAAGGUUCGUCCAACCGGGUCACACUCCGGACACUAUGGUUCAUGCAUGCGAUGGGUCAUUCUGAGGACACCAUCCAGCUGGGCUCUGUGCUCGCCCGGACGUUCACCGAAGCCGCCGCCAGCCAGAGUCGCAACCUUGUAUGUGGCCUGGUGAUAACCGCCUUGGCCCACUACUACGGGGUCGACUUCACUGGGAUGACCUUGGUCCACGGACCAACCCCGCUCAGCGAGGCCACCCUCCGCCACAAGCACAUGGUUGCUCGCCACGGCGUGUGCUCUGGAUCGCGGGCCUUCCUCAGCCACCUCUACCUGCAGCGGGCGACCAGCCAGAGUCGAGCGCAGCUGGGGGUCGCCGGGUUCCCCGUUGUGCUGUUCGUCGUGACCAGGCUCCUGCGAGCCCCUCCGCUGCUCCCCGGUCUCCUGCUCCCAGGUCUCCGUCUCUCGAGUCUCCUCCUCUAGUGGUGGUGCCCAUUUCUGACCAGUUGGCGGCCAUCGCUCAGCAGGACCGAGGGCGUCGUCUCAUGUCAAGCCAGCACUACAUCAUGUCCUACCUGGGCUUGGAUCCGAAUGCAGUCCACUACCCGUUCGUGCAGUCCCCAGGGUUUGAGGACGAGUACCCUCCACCCACCGGCGAUGGUAGACCUGGUACUCCGGUUCUUUCAC